AUGAAGACGAAUUUACGAAUUUGUUUACCGGAGAAGUGCAACGUCUCUUUAAUCAUCGGGAGAGAAAAGAAGUCAAAGAAGACCGCGAAAGGAGACGGAAAAGAAGACAAAGAAGAAGGUGGUGGUGGGAGGUCUCCGUCGUCGUCGCCUGGAAGAUCGACGCAAAAUCCUUCUUCUCCACUCUUCGUGGGAUUAGAAAACGAACCGUUGUUGGAGGAGGAGCACGUCCAAGUGACGAAGAGACGACUGGGCGGCGGGGAGAACGAAAACGUCGCGGUGGAAGUGAAAGCGAUAGGAAAGUCGGCGGUGUACAUUCAAUCGGAUUCGAAGAAUUUGAGCGAGUUGAAAAGAAACCUGCCGGCGUUUUUGCAGAAAGGACAGACGAUGUUUUUACGGUACGUAAAUAAUACGAAAGAGUUCGCGGUGGCGUUUGUCGUGGAAGAGGAGGAAGAUAACGAGGAGCCGAUCGAAGUGUUAGAGAUUGAAGAUAGCGAUAGUGGCGGUUCACAAAAGAAUGCAGAGGGUAUAAAAGGAGAAGAAGAAGAAGAAGAAGUCGAAAUCAUCGAGAAAAAGGAGGAGGAGGCGAACGGCUUUGGUGCGUCAGCCGCGGAGGCGAAGAAGCGCGUGUUACGCAAGAAGAAAAUUUCUCGUAAAGAAUCACACUUGUCGUCAUCUUCAGACGACGAGUUCAUAGGCCAAGGGGAAAAGACGUUCGUAGUUGAAGAUGACGACGAUGAUGAUGACGAUGAUGAUGACGACGGCGACGACGACGACAGAAACGAUUACGGAAAUGGAAACGGCGACGACAGAAACGAAGGACGGCCAAUUCCGAGGAAAAAAAUAGUCUUAGGGAGCAGUAGCAGUAGUAGUAGUAGCGGCGAUAUUCGAAGUAGACGUCUGAGCAGCUCUGAAAGUCAAGAAGAUGAUGCCAAAAUUGGCGAUCCGUUGACGUCUGAAGAAGAAACAGAAGAAGAAGAAGAAAAAGAAGGAGAAGAAGAAGAGCCGAGUACUCGUCAUUCGGGACCGUCGCUUGCAAACCUCAUUCACAAAAAGCUCGAAAAAGAGGCGUUCAAAGCGCGGAGUGUGGCUUCGAAGAGAGCAGCAAAUACGGUGAAGAAGCGAAGAGUAAGCGAUAAGGAUGAUGACGAAGAUCACGAGGACGGGUCGUACGAUACCGCGCCGGAAGACAAUGAGGACGACGACGGCGAUAAAGAAGGAGAUAUCACGAAAAUUAAAAGGAAGAAGAAAGUGGUGCAAAAAAGUAAUCCGAAAAAGAAAAUGAAGAAAAUGAAUUCGGUUGCAUCAUCUCCAAUUGUCAUCGGUUCGUCAGACGACGACGAUGACGACGACAACAACGUCUACGCGUACAAUUUUGGGGAACGGGCAACGAUGAAGAACAAGAAGAAAAGAAGCACGGCGGAAGUAGCAGAGAUGGACGAUUUCGAAAAAAAACAUCAACACGAGAAAAGGAAAAAGGUAAGCGACACUCCGCCCCAUGAACAGAAGGAAGUCACGGCGGCUAAAGCAACAAAAGGAGCGACAACAAUAUCGAUAUCAGUGGCAGCAAGAAAAAGGCGAAUCGAAGCCGAGUUGCUCGAAAAGAGCAGUCGAGAGACGAAAAUCAUAGCCGAGAGGUUAGAGGAGCAAAUUCGACGUCAGGAAAUAGAGAAGGAGUUGGAAAGGCAAGUAAGAGAACAGCAACGUCUGGACGAGUUGGAAGAGCAGCGCGCGCGUGAAGCACGGAUUCGCCGUCAACAACAGCAGCGGCAGCAGCAGCAGCAACAACAACAGCAUGUACAACAUCCACCUUACACCGGCGAGUACCAAGACGAUAUGUCAGUUGUCACCUCGUACGUGCAAAUGCUCGAUGCUUUGGCAAAACUGAAAUAUUUCGAGGCGAACGAGCUGGAAGAAGCGACGAUGCGAUACGAAGAUGCUUCGAGGCAAUAUUCGAAAAAGACGUAUCAAAGCGCGCAAGGACCGGCGUUUAUAACCUUGCAGCUGAUGAAAACAAAUUUACAAACUAUGUCUUUCAAGCACGCGCAGUUGAAAAUGGAGUAUUCAGAGUCUUCCCGAGCGCACAAAUUAGCCAUAAAACGCGCCGCUGUGACUGCAGCGGCUGCUGCUGCAGCGACGCAAUCUACAAACCUUCAUCAACAAACACCUGCGCGUAAGCGAAGAGAAGCGGCGGCGGCGGAAGAAUCAAAGGAUGAAAAGAAAUGGGUGGAAGAAAAAUCAGCCUGGGACGCGUGUUUUGUCGCCGAAAAUGAAAAUGGUGUCGAUGAAAGUAUCAUCGAUCCCCAUCGCGAUACCAUCUCCGGAUGGUCCAUUCGCGAUCUCAAGCACCGCGGUGCUCUUAUUGGCGCAGAUUUUUCCUCUGCCAUUGAAAAAUCUGAAUACAUAGACGCUAUCGUCCGUCGGGUUACCGCAGUCGGUGGCAAAACUGGCUGGCUUCGUCUCAAACGUCAAAAAGACGCCUCCCUCGAAAGCAAAAAGCGUCAAAGAGAAAAGCUCAAAGCCUACCAAGAUUCCACCGCCAUCGACAUCGAGGCUGAAUCCAACACCCGCCUCUUACAACACCAGGCACACAAAACUGUCGAACAGUGGUCGCAUCGCGCCGACUUGCGCCUCUUUCUCGUGCGCUGCGGCGUCGCCGUCGAAGGUGGCGAAAGAGGGAGGUCGGAUAAACAAACGCUGCAAAAAGCGUAUAAACGCGCCAUGUUGAAAUUUCAUCCAGAUCGGCAACGCACGAAAACGGAAAGGGACCGCGUGUUGGCCGCUGAGGUGACUAAAUUUAUCACUCAAGCCUGGGCUCAGUUGAAAUAG